CAAGUGUUCUGAAAAUUUGUUCGUCAGUAGCGCUGAAUCAGUCAGUGGGUGCACUUUUCAUUUAUAGCAUAGAAAAAACCUGAAAAAAAAACAGAAAUGGCAGAGCAAAAGAAAGCUCCGAUCCUUAAGAAGGAAGAAGAUUUCAUCAAGAACCUCGAAGGUUUCAUCAACCCUGCUGAGGACCAGGUUGCCCUUCUUUUGGAUUACGAUGGUACACUCGCCCCUCUCACCGAAGAACUUUCGGCCAUGCCAAAGGACAACGAAAUCAACAUCAAGAAAUUGGCAACAAACGAAAAAAUCUUCCUGUGCAUUUUCUCCGGCCGUGAAUUGGCUGACAUCAAGAACCACCUGAAACUUCCAAAUGUUACCUACGCUGGUAACCACGGUUUGGAAGUCGAAUAUCCUUCCGGCAAGAAAUUCAAAAUUGAAAUGCCUGAAGAACUCCUCGAGAAGCACAAGAAACUCGUCGAAGAACUUAGGGAAAAGGUCGUGUGCAGUGGUGCAUGGGUGGAGGACAAGAAGAUCUCCGUUUCAUACCGCUACAAGGGAGUCAACGACAAGCUCAAGAGCAAACUCGUCGAAACCGCUAAGGGUAUUAUUCAAUCGCAUGGAUUCCAGCUCAUUGAAACCCCAUACGCCCUUGAGGGAAAACCAAGGGUCAACUGGGAUAAGGGUGAGGGCGCCAAAAUGAUUUUGGAAAAACAAUUCGACGCUGAUUGGGCCAAAAAAUUGAAGAUCAUCUAUGCCGGUGAUGAUACCACCGACGAAGACGCAAUGAAAAUGCUCAGUGGCAUUGGCAAGACUUUCCGUGUGUCAGAGUUGCCAACUUUGAAAACAUACGCCAAUUUCCAGAUCAAAACUCCAGAAGAGGUCGGUUAUCUCUUGCAAUGGCUCCAGUCCAACUACGAGAAGAAGAAGAAGUUGUAAAUUUCCAUAUGUAGAAUCGAUUUGUACCAGAUUACAUUAUUAAUAAUUAUUAUAUUUUUAUUAUAAUUUUCAUGGUUGUUUUUUCUCGCUCUUAUUUACAUUAUUUGUAUUUUUUAAAUUAAACAAUAAACUUAUAUACAAAAAAUUAUAA